AUGAACGGGGCGUUGAUCGCUCCAUCACCCCUCGCAAUGCCACGAAACGAGCAGUACGAGGUCCAAGCCUACACAGAGCCGCCAGCCUUGUCUCCCGAGACAGAUGGCGAUUCUUCGCCAUUCAUAUCGCGUAUCGAAAAUGACCAAGAGAACCCAUUGCCGUCGAAACAUCGCACCGACCUUCUCCAGGAGAACAUAUCGCCCAAGAGGUCACAACAUCCGCGCGUGCGGUCUGGUGCUGAGAUGUCACCACUCAAAAUCCUCGCCGACCGCAAAUCUCCUUCACCGUUGCACGGCGAUAUGCCACCGCCUCCCUCCGCCAGAAGCCCCAGAAAGAUGUCCCCCGAGAAGAGGUUCCCUGUUAAAGUCAGCAACCCCAUUCCCGAGGAAAGGGAGGUAGAUUUCGAAGACAUACUCCGAGACAACCAAGGCUUGACGAAGGCCGUUGAGAUUUUUGAAGAUGAAGAUAGCAGCAUCAUCCCUGAGGGGGGAGAGCCGCAAAACACCAUGCCCACAGCAGCAGAGGAUAGCGCGGCUGGUGUGGAUGAGUCGAUGAUCAGCACAUUCAGCACGUUCUCUGCGGUGCCCAGCAUGGAUAUGUUUGCAAGGCUUGGGACCAGCCCGGGGAAGCCUUCGCCGGCAGCAGCAGGGCCGUCAACCCCCCGCGGCAAGCCAGAGUCGGCCACAUCACGACCGUUUCGCACGCGGGGAUCAGACAACACGACCAACCUCUUGAUUGAUUUCACGGAGCAACUGCGCAACCCGCAUCGCUCGCCUGCCAAGGUCAACAGCAUGAUGAACUCCAAUACUCUGAGUACGCCCGGCAGACGGAUGAGCAACCUCCUCGACUUCGAUAUCCCCCCCAUGCCGACCCCCCGAUCUGUCCCCUCUAUAUCAGCCCGCGAGCUGGAGUCUUUGAAAUCGAAUUUCCUUUCUGAGAUCAGCUCACUCAAGGCUAGUCUGAGUGGCAAAGAGGCGGAAGUCAACUCGCUCAAGACGGCUGUGGGCGACGCAGAGAAACGCGUGGGCGAGUCCCUCGAGCAACUCCGCGAGGAGAAGUCUGCCAAGGACCAGCUCGCCGCCGAGCUAGAGGAUUGGGAGACUCGCAGCCGCGAGAUGGAGACCGUCCUGCAUAGAGCCAGGGGUGACAUUGAGACAAGUCAGAACGAGAGGGAAGAGCUGGAGCGCAAGCUUGACGAAAGCGAAAAGCGACGCGAAGCGGCUGAGAUGCUACACCAAGAGGCGGAGAGUAAGAUGGCAGGCAUGCGUGCUGGACGGGAAAGUGCCACGACAUCAUCAUCCGAAAAACCAAAUCCGUCCAACGCCCAGGAGGUGGAGCUCGCGGUCGAGCGCGUGGCGCGCGAGCUGCACGGUCUGUACAAGAGCAAGCAUGAGACCAAGGUCGCCGCCCUCAAGAAGUCGUACGAGACACGCUGGCAGAAGAAGAUCAAGGACCUCGAGUUGCAGAUGGAGGAUCUCACGGAGGAGAAUGAGAGGCUGAAGGCUGGGAGGGACGUGACCCUGACCAAGAUCGACAACGACAGCACCAUGGCUGGCGAGCUGAAGGCGCAGGCUAUCAAGGACAACGCCUCCAUGACGGAGCUCAAGGCGGAUAUCCAGCGACUGGAAGCCGUGGUGUCCACUGUGCAGCGCGACAAUACCGAUCUGCGCGGCAUGUUGGAGAAGGAGCGCGUGGAGAAGGGCGAGUUGGUGCAGCUGGCCGAGGAGAUGAUGAGCAUGCAGAGCUUCGUGGGCGGGUCGAACCAUGCCGUACGGGGUGAACCUCAGCAGCAGCAACAGACACCCGCGCCGCAGAGGUCGCCGAGAAAGGCAAACUCGCGCGAGAGGGAGCAGGCGCCUCACCCCGAGGCACCCGCAGCCAAGACGCCCAAGACUAGUCAUGACGGCUUCAAAGCCAACAAUCGGGCAUCUGGUCUGCGUGCUCCUGGUUCCGGAUUGAGGGCGCCAGGUGGACUGCCGCGUCCAGGGACGGCCUCGUCGAGGAGUGGCAUCAUGAAUUCGAUUGAGAAGAUGGGGAGUUACCGAGGUCGUGGAGGAGAGUAG